UUGUAGUUGAUGUUUUUCUUUAUAAAACUAUAAGUAUGAUAUUGGUAUCUGCCAUAUACUAGCUGUUGUUUUUAAUCUAGGGAGAUCAAUCAACGAUAAUGGGGUGCGGAUCUUCAACGAGGGUGGAAACCCUUCAAAAGACAAAUGGCAAUCAGGAAACAUUUACUUCACGAGUACCACCGAGAGAAAAUUCUUCUGUGCUUCAAACUCAUUUAGCACCACCUCGACUCAAGAAAAAGGACAUUAUUCCCGACCUUAAUAUGUUUGCCGCUAUUGACAGACACGCCUUAGAAGCGCCGACCCGAGUACGGGCGUCACCAGAAGAUCUUGUCGCAUACCUAAUUCAACCUGCAAGGAAUGAUCUAGAAAAGGUUCGAGCUUUCUACCGCUGGAUAACAAACAACAUCAGCUAUGACGUUGAGGGGUUCUUUAGCGGAAACCACAAACCAGGUGAUCCCCAGUCCGUUCUACAGAGUGGGACAGCAGUCUGCCAGGGUUAUGGAGACUUGUUUGACAAUUUCUGCAAAUUAGCUCACAUCCCGUGCCAUGUCGUCUCGGGUUUUGCCAAGGGAUAUAGUUACAACCCAGAAAUCCCCUACACGGCCACCUCGAAAACCAACCACGCUUGGAACAUAGUGCUCGUAAAAGGGGAAUGGAGACUUGUCGAGUGCACGUGGGGCGCCGGUUUCCUUGCCGACAAAAUGUUUAAAAAGGAAUUCACUGAAGUGUAUUUUCUUACAGACCCUGAACUCUUUGUCCAUGCACAUUUUCCAUUUAUGAAUGGGGACGAAUCAGCAAGUCGUGCAUUCCAAUUGAUGAAGCGCCCCAUUAGUUUAAAUGAGUAUAACAGAAAUGUAAAUCUGAUGAAGUAUGGUUUAGAAUGGGAUGUCGAGAUGCUUUCUCACAGGGAACAGUUCGUCACAGUGAAUAAAGAAGUGGAUAUCAUACUGCAGGGAAGACGUCAACAGCUACUAGAUGUCAUGUGCCACUUAAACGAGAGUGUGUCAAAGAAAGAUUACAACAACUUCGCCAUGGUAAAGCGGACGACUGACGGCAAAUUCAGCAUACACAUUCGUCCUCCUAUUCCAGGAAAAUAUGAUCUUAUGAUCUUCGGGAAGGUCAACGAAAAUGAGCGACAAUACCAGUCCAUUGUAAAAUACAUAAUCGUUUCAAGCGGAACGAGUUCUUCGAGGCAGCCAUAUCCUGAACACAAAGGUGCAUGGGGAGCCAAACAAGUGGCAGUCGAAUGCGGAUUUAACCGAAACAUCUUCUCUCACAGCGUCUUCACCUGCAACAACGGCGAGUUCGAGCUCAGUCUGGUCAUUACAGAUCACACCCCUGUGUCAUGUCAACUCGAAUUCGCCGAGGGGAGCGACUCUCUCGAUAGAUACAUGCAGAUGACACGCCCGCCACAUUACGUUAACAUCAAGGCCAGACUGAAUAACGUCGGGUUUUAUGCCAUUAAGCUGUUUGCCGGGAAACCAGAAUCGACUACUCACGAAUAUGUUGGCUCUUUCCUGAUCGACAACAAGAAACCAACGCCGAAUUAUCAUCCUUUCCCUUAUUACUGGUCCUCAGCCCACAAGCACCACUGCAUUAUUCUCGAACCAGCAAAUGGGGACCUUGUUGUCAACGAAAGCACGCUAUUGCGUUGUAUAGCACCGUCCAUGAAACGGUUAAUGGUAGACAAGAAAGUAUUCACCAACACGAAUGGGGACAUAUUUGAAAUCCCCAUGGAGCCAAAAUCAAAAGGAGACUUUACAAUCUAUGGAAGUAUCGAAGACUCUGGCUCUCUUAAUGCGUUAUUUAAAUUUCAAGUUGUUUGAAACGUGUAUUAUUUCAGUACUGGUGGUAGGUCACAAACAGUUAUCAAUUGAGGGAAGCGAUCAAGAGCGACUUCACAUCCAGGUUACAGAAUAGACAAUUGGUAUAUAGCGGACAUAGCAGUAUUUAUGUACUACGAAUUUGGAUGACUAAACCAGUGACGUAUAAACACUUCGAGUAAAUUGAACGAUUUUAGACUUCAUCAAUCUGCAUCUUGUGGACUUUCAUAACAGCUAUAGACAGGCAUGGAUCUACGGAAAACGGCGAGGGCACCCCUCCCCUUUUUUUUUUUUUUUUUUGCCUGUCAAAAAAUUAAAUUAAGAUCAUGUUGAAACACCUCCGGCGGCCCUCUCCCCUUUCACAAACCCCAUUUUCAGCAUUAUAACUAAUGUAUAUUAAACACAUCCUAUUGUUUAUCAGUUGUCUUGGAUUAAAGAUGGUUAUUUGCGACGGCCUCUUUUUAAUGGAGAAGUUUGAAGUCUUCCCGAAUAACGCAUGAAAAAUAGCCAUUAUUCUCAUCCUUUCUUCUUUGGCGGCAGUUUAAAGUUUGUUCAGUGCCAGUAGCCGGAAGAGCUUAAUUUUUCUUCUAUUGGAGAUAAUUUAGUACGAGCGCAGUUUCUCACUACACAUGGUGCAGAGGUGGAAACAAUAUCAAUGUUUUUACGACUGGCAAACAAACCAUUUUCUACGAUGCUUCUGGAAACUAUUUGUAUAUAAGCAUCUGUGAUAUUUUAAUGUUUCAGGCGUAUAUUAUUAAUCUCUACCAGUCCAACCGGAGGGAACCCUAGGUUUCAUAUCCUUCCUUCUGUUUGUCUGUCUGUCCGUCCGUCCGUCUCACAUAGUUAUCCGGAUGGGGUUUUUUCUCCACACUACUUUGAGAUAUUAAGCUGAAAUUUUGUGUAUAGCUUACCAUGUACUGUUACAGAUCCAGUGUGACUUUUAUAGCCAUUUACCCAUUUUUGAGUUAUGGCCCAAAGUUAGGAGAUAAAGAAAUUUGUUUUCUGGAUUAUUUUUCCACAAUGCUUUGAGAUACUGAGCUGAAAUUGUGUGUAUAGCUUUACCAGGUACAGUUACAGAUCAGGUUUGACUUUCAUGGUGAUUUACCAUUUUAUGACAGUUAUGGUCCUUGACCUUAGGAAAUACGGAAAUUUGUUUUCCGGAUGAUGUUUCCAUAAUGCCUUAAGAUAUUGAGCUGAAAUGUGUAUAGCUAUAUCAUGUACUGUUAGUUACAGAUCAAAUUGGACUUUAAUGAUGACCUAAUUUUUCAGUUAUUGCCCUUGAACGUAGGAGAUACAAAAAUGUGUUUUCCCCGACUUUUUGGCAACGUCUCAAGAUAAGAGUUGAAAUUUUGUGUAUAGCUUUAUCAUUUCUGUUACAGAUCAAGUUUUCCCAGUUAUGGCCCUCGAGUUAGGAUACGUAUUACUUUAGCAGUAUUCUCGAAAUGCUUAUUUUCGUCUUAAAAUGCUUAGUCUGUGAUAAAUUGUUUCUGUACUAUGUUGGCGAUUUUCGUGGUGUGUCUUGAUAAUUCGAUUAAAAUGUUUAUUAAUGUUGAUAAUCUGUUCAUUUGUAUUUUUAUUUACCAUUCUCACACACCCAAAAGCCGAUGUAGUUUUCAAAUGGGCUGCUUCUUUACAAAACAUUUCACGCUUUUAGUACUCGUUGGUCGUAUAAGGCAGGUUUGACAGUCACGAUUUAUUUAAACGUUCUUGCAACCGGCCUCGGUGGCGUCGUGAUUAGGCCAUCGGUCUACAAAAUGGUAUGUACUGGGUUCGGAUCCCAGUCGAGGCAUGGGAUUUUUAAUCCAGAUACCGACUCCAAACACCGAGCGAG